UCGCAGGGGCUACGCGGGAAAGUAGUCUGGAAGCACGUGUAAAUGUUUUGAUUUGAGUAAUUUCAUGAACAAGGAAUUUCGAUGGCUGCACUUCAAUCAAACCAACAAAUUUCCUUUGCUGACAACAUCGGAGAGCAAGGUUUUUUAUCCUACUUAUCCAGUUUAGGUGAGAAACCAAGCACAACGUUAAGAAUAUUCGACCGAGGGGAAUAUUACACGGUUCACAAUGAGGAUGCAAAAUUUGCUGCCAAAGAAUUUUUCAAAACUUAUACUGUCAUCAAAGAGCUUGGGAAAGGAAGUACCAAGGUUCCAUCCGUUGUGCUAAGUAAAAUGAACUUUGAAACAUUCCUUCGGGACUUAUUGCUUACUUGGCAAUAUCGCGUGGAGCUGUACAGAAACAAAGCAAGCAAAUCUAACCAAUGGGAACUUAUUGGAAAAGGAUCACCUGGAAACUUGCAACAAUUUGAAGAAAUUCUUUUCAACAAUAUUGACAUGUCAGCAUCUGCUAUAGUAAUGAGUCUUCGUCUUGCAAGUGAUGCAAAUGGACAAAGGGUUGUUGGUGCAGCUUUUGCAGAUGCAGCUUUACAGAUCUUUAAUGUGUGUGAAUUUUCAGACAACGAUCAAUUUUCUAAUGUGGAAACACUGCUUAUGCAGGUGGGUCCGAAAGAAUGUCUGAUUCAACGACAAGAUUUAAGUGCAGAAGGCAGCAAGUUAAAGAUUGUGUUGGAGAGAUCUAAUGUUUUGGUCACGGAAGCUAAAAAAGCUGAUUUCAGUUCAAAAGAUGUUACUCAGGAUUUGGAUAGAUUAUUGAAAUCAAAUUCAUGCGGCAGUGCAGCAAGACGGGAGUUAGACCUGCCUCAUGCAGUAUCUUGUCUAUCAUCAAUCAUAAAGUAUUUGGAGCUUCUGUCUGAUGACUCAGCAUUUCAUCAGUACACAUUAAAGUCGUUUGAUUUAAGUCAGUACAUGCGCCUUGAUGCAGCAGCUGUUCGAGCAUUAAACAUACUGCCUUCAUUGACUGAUGGAGGAAACAAGACUAUGUGUCUGUCCGGUUUGUUAAACUUGUGUAAAACAACUCCUGGUCAACGUCUGCUUGGGCAGUGGGUAAAACAACCGUUAAUGGAUGCAAAAAAAAUUGAGGAAAGACUUGAUAUUGUUGAUAUAUUUUUCAACAAUGAUGAUAUACGACUUUCUGUGCAGGAUGGUUCACUAAGGCGAAUACCAGAUUUGUCUCGAUUGUCCAAAAAAUUUCAACAAAAGCGAGCCAACCUACAGGAUUGCGUGCGUGUGUAUCAAGCCAUCAGACAAUUGCCCCAUCUACUGACAACACUAAAAAAGUAUGAUGGUGAACAUAAGGUGAUAAUGGAGGAGGUGUUCUGUAAGCCAUUUCAGGACGCUGUGAACGAUUUCUCAAAAUUUAUGGAGUUAGUUGAAACUACUGUUGAUUUGGAUGAAGUCGAGAAUCACGAGUAUCUUAUCAAAGCUGAGUUUGAUGAGUCGCUUCAAGAAUGUAAAGACAAUUUGGAUUAUGUUGUUACACAAUUGGAAUCAGAGUUAAGCAAAGCAGCUCGAGAUUUGGGAUUGGAAAAGGGUAAAACGAUCAAAUUAGAAUCGAACAGCCCACUGGGUCAUUAUUUUCGUGUCACCUUGAAGGAGGAAAAAGCGCUACGCAAUAACAAGAAGUACACUACCGUUGAGACGAGAAAAGAUGGUGUAAGAUUUGUAAACUCUUCUUUAAAAUCACUUGGCAUCGAAUAUAAAUCUCAUAAAGAUACUUAUUCUGAGUUGCAAACACAACUUGCGAAUGAAGUUAUUAAAAUAGCAGCUGGUUAUUCGGAUCCAUUGCAAACGCUGAGUGAUCAAAUCGCUUACCUAGAUGUCUUAUUAAGCUUUGCUACAGUGGCGUCUCAAGCACCUACACCAUACGUUCGCCCUGUGGUGCACCCAAAAGGUAAAGGGAAAAUUGUUUUGAAAGGAUCAAGGCAUCCUUGCUUAGAAGCUCAAGAUGAUGUCUCUUUCAUUGCAAAUGAUGUUAGCCUAAUAAAAGAUGAUCAAGAGUUUCUUAUUAUCACUGGGCCCAACAUGGGUGGAAAGUCUACCUAUAUCCGACAGGUUGGUCUUAUCACUCUAAUGGCGCAAAUAGGUAGUUUUGUACCAUGUGAUCAAGCUGAAAUAAGCAUAGUGGAUAGUAUUUUAGCUCGAGUUGGUGCUGGCGAUAGUCAGUUGAAAGGAGUAUCUACAUUCAUGUCGGAAAUGUUGGAGACAGCCUCCAUAUUGAGGGCUGCUACAAAAGAUUCGUUAAUUAUUAUCGACGAACUUGGACGCGGUACAUCCACCUAUGAUGGAUUUGGUUUGGCAUGGGCAAUUUCAGAGCACAUUUCGACGAGCAUUAAGUCAUUCUGCGUGUUUGCGACUCAUUUUCACGAGUUGACAUCACUUGCUGAUGAAAUAUCAACAGUACGCAAUUUCCAUGUCACCGCUUUAACAUCGAAAGAACAAUUAACUCUAUUGUAUAAAGUUAAACCUGGUGUGUGUGACCAAAGCUUUGGUAUACAUGUCGCGGAAAUAGCUCAUUUCCCGAAACACGUGGUCGACUUUGCUAAAGAAAAGGCUAAGGAAUUAGAGGACUUCCAAGUGUUAUCUAAUGACAAGGAGUGUGACCAGUACAACGAAGCAUUGUCCGGCGAACCAGAUGCUAAGAAACGUCGCUCUGAGAAAAAGGAAGGAGAUGAGAUAAUCAGAAAAUUUGUAGAAAAAUUACGUUCCUUACAUGAAGCUAAACUUAACGAUGACGAACUGGUGAAGAGUGUAACUGCGAUAAAAGAGGAAGUGUUAGCAUGUGGAAACCAAUACGUGAUUGACAUACUAAACAAGUAAACUCUAGUGGAAACCAGGUCUUGACUUUUUUCAAGCUUGUAAUAAUCGAACAAUGGUGUAUUUACGCCGACUUUGAAAGAGCGGAUUGCAUUAACUAUUCUUAAGAAACACAUAAGAAAUGUCCUAAGCUUGGUUGGACGUGAUGUAAAUGUUUUGGUAAAAAAGAAGUAUUUUUUAUAGUGUGUUGAUGCUGGAUUGGACAAAAAUAAGAGUUGUACACGCAUUUUUUUAAAAAGAAACCAGUUUAUAAGAAACUAGAGGCUAGAGCUUUCAAAAAAUCAGAAACCUGUACAGGAUAUUUUUUUUUGAGUAUAAGUCAAUUAAGAAACUUGUGAAACUAAAUUUUCCAUAAAAUAAUAUUUUUUUAAACGAAACAAGUCGAUGGUAAGUUCAUUCGAUAUCAUGUUGUAGUAUCAUCACCUUUUUAAACUGUAUAAUCGCACGGUUUUCCAAUCCUUGUUUUCAUCCGAUAGAACAAUGGUAACAAUAGUGGGGACAAGGUUAUUGGAUGCAAUUUGAGUUUAAGAAAGCAAAUAAACAUGCAGUAUUAAAAUUUUCACAAAAUUACCAAACUGCCAGUACCAGAGCCUUUCAAUGGUUUCUUUAAAAAAAUACGUGUAGUUAUUUAUUAGCAAACAUAAUUUUUGUUAGUGUCAUUUUAUUAUGUUACGUAAAAUUGAGUUUCAUUUUAAUUCAAUACUUCAGUUUUUUGACUCCUUCAAUUUAAAUCGUGUUUUCAGCGGACAUAUUAGUUUACAGCGAAAUUACGAAAUUAAAAAAUAUUGCUGUUUUGUUAUAUUUUUAUUCUAUUUUUUUUCUUUAAUUUAAAAAUGUUAUUGCAACGAAAGUGCCUCCAUUUUUUUCUUGCGCAUCUCGAAUAUAUCUGGAUUGACUUUUUUCCGAUACUGAUGUUAAUUUUUUUACAUCGCUACGUCAAAUUGUUGUCGAGUGUAAAAUUAAGGAGUUUUGGUUUAAUAAAGUUUAACCGUGGAUGUUAAA